AUGAUAUGCCUUGAAAUAUUUGAAGAUAAUGAAGAUAAGAAUCAGGGAAAUCCUCGUGAUGAUACAUAUCAUGUAUAUCCAUUGGAAGGGUGUAGUAAUUUAUUUCACAAAGAAUGCUUACAGAGAUUUUUGAUAUCCAGCAUAAAUCAAUGCGUCUAUCCUUUGAAAUGUCCAGAUCAUGAAUGCCGCAAACUUCUACUAGACAGUGAUCUCAGGGCCCUAAUCUCAAUUGAUAUUUACGAAAAAUAUCUAAACUACUCCAUUUAAAAAGUUGCUGAUUAGCAGCCAGAUAUUCAGCAUUGCCCCAACCCAGGAUGUGGAUUUGCUUUUGCUUGGGAUUAAAAUCAAGAUGAGCCCCAUUAAAUCUGCAAGAAAUGCCAGAAAAAGAUCUGUAUACCUUGCAAAACUAUCUUUCAUUAAGAUUAAUCUUGUGAAGAGUACAAGAGAAAUUAAAGAUUUGAUGACAAUGAUUAGAAAUUUAUAGAUAGAAUGAUUUAUGAGGGCAAUAUACAGUGCACACGCUGCAGAUAUUGGAUAUAGAAGAAAAGCGGAUGUGAUCAUGUCACAUGUGGCAAGUGUGGGUUCGACAUGUGCUUCAACUGCGGGGGCGUAUAUCUUAAAUGUAGAUGCAAGUAUGACAACAAAGAAAGAAGCUAAAAAUACAAUCAGAGGUAUUAGCACUUAGUUGAAAGUUAAAGGCAGGUAUUGAUAGAUCCAAAUAGGCAUAUUCAGUCUUAAUAGUAAUAAAGAAAAGAGUCUCAGGAGUAGAUAAAGCCAUAAAUCCCAGUUUUGAACCCAUGGCAAUAGAACUAUGAUUUUAUGAAUAAACCUGCACCUUUUAGGCCAAACCACUUCUCAUAAUGA